UGCUCUGGCCGACCAAUGAGGUGGUAGGCCCUGCCCUCAAACCCUGCUCUGAUUGGCUGAGAAUCCAGGAACGGGCGUUAACCUCCAGGAAAUCGUGGCAAGAUGGCGUCCCUGGAUCGGGUGAAGGUUCUGGUGUUGGGAGACUCAGGUGUUGGGAAAUCUUCACUCGUCCAUCUUCUUUGCCAUAAUCAAGUGCUAGGAAAUCCAUCAUGGACAGUGGGCUGCUCAGUGGAUAUCAGAGUUCAUGACUACAAAGAAGGAACCCCAGAAGAGAAGACCUACUAUAUAGAAUUAUGGGAUGUUGGAGGCUCUGUGGGCAGUGCCAGCAGUGUGAAAAGCACAAGAGCAGUGUUCUACAACUCUGUCAAUGGUAUUAUUUUAGUACAUGACUUAACAAAUAAGAAGUCAUCUCAAAACUUAUAUCGAUGGUCAUUGGAAGUUCUGAAUAGAGAUUUGGUUCCAACUGGAGUCCUGGUGACAAAUGGGGAUUAUGACCGAGAACAAUUUGCUGAUAAUCAAAUCCCACUAUUGGUAAUAGGGACUAAACUGGACCAGAUUCAUGAAACCAAGCGCCAUGAAGUUUUAAUUAGGACUGCUUUCUUGGCUGAGGACUUCAAUGCUGAAGAGAUUAAUUUGGAUUGCACAAACCCACGGUCCUCAGCUGCAGGCUCCUCCAAUGCUGUCAAGCUCAGUAGAUUUUUUGAUAAGGUCAUAGAGAAGAGGUACUUUUGUAGAGAAGGUAAUCAGAUUCCAGGCUUUCCGGAUCGGAAGAGGUUUGGAGGAGGGACCUUAAAGAAUUUCCAUUAUGACUGAGUUGCACUCACCCUGUGGAGGAGUGAUUGAGCAGUGGCAGCUUUCACAGCUUUCCUCUUGCUGUGGCAGGCUAUUGACUUCUCAGGCUUUGAUACAAACAUCUCAAAAUGCUACCUCACCCUCUCCUGGAAGACUGAAAGAAAGCAAUGAUGCAGAAGAUCCUACUUUGCCCCUGUUCUCUGUGUUGCUUCCCUUCCUGUCUCCGUUGAUAGCUUCUGUAAAAGCCUCAUGAAGAUAUGAGAUAUUGCCAAAACAGUGCAGUAAACGAGGUGACAAGGACUGCAGAGAAAACUGACUCUUGCUUGAAUCCAGGGGCCUUUAUAGGUCUGUGAUUUUCCCACACUCAAUGCUGAAGACUUAAUUAAGUACUUCAGAAAUGUAUCUGUGCUGUUUUACCUUCUUGAGGGGAAAGGUCGUGUUAACCAGCCCCGAAUUAUCCACCCCAAACCAUCUCUGUCUUUUUUUAAGAAGCCAAGUGGUGUUAUUUCAUUUUCUCCAGCCUCAUUACACACAGGGAUGCCUAAGAAUAGCAAGCCUGUCUCCUCUCCCCUGGAAAAGGCUUGGUGUCUGGCAGAGACGAACGAAUAGCUGGAGUUAAAUAGGAAUACAAAUUAAUAAUACAUG